AUGGAUGAAGCACUUAACGCCGCACUAUGCCAGCUCGGAUUUCGGCCUUAUGAUUUCAUGGACCGCGUGGAACUGGGACAUCUGCCGCUGUGGACAAAGGCGUUACACUGGAAGUUCAAAGGUGAAGGGCACAGCUUUGGACUCGAGCAGUUUGACCAGUUGACAAGUGACUUUGACGCAAUCUUGGAUACUCCCUGCUGUCUUUUCAUCGACGAACUAAUAGCCGCAUAUCCAGAAGCUAAAGUCAUCCUGAAUACUCGUGACGUGGAAGGGUGGCACAAGUCCAUGAUGGCGACGGUCUUUCGCUUUUUCGAAGGACCUUCGUGGAGGAUACUCCGGUAUACGGACACGAUGGCGGCAGAGGUCUGUGAAUUUGAUAGAGCCCUGUGGUUCUAUUUUUGCAACGGCGAAACAGGCGACAAGGCCAAGCAAGCCUUCAUGGAACAUAAUAAUUACGUUCGCAAAGUUGUGCCACCAGAGAGGUUGCUGGAGUUCCAACCUCAGGAUGGGUGGAAGCCACUCUGUCGGUUUCUGAACCUCCCUGAGCCAAAGACUUCAUACCCUAUGAGAAAUGACUCUGGAGCAACACAGGCGGCCGUGGAAGAAUUUUGGAAAAGAUGUGUACGGCGGAGUAUCAUGAAGAUCACUAUGUCGGUUAUCGGCAUUAGUGCCUUUGUAUACGGUGCCCGUUGGAUGUUGCGGGCUAGGGUAUAA